AUGACCGCUGUGAAAGACUCUCAAUCUUUGAAUUCAAGUAUCAUCCGUAAGCGUCACGGUAUUAUCGCACAGAUGGAAACAUUGCUACAGUCAUGGUGUGAUAAUCAAGUAAGAGUGAAAAAUUGUCCUGUUGAUCAAAAUACAGUGUGCUUUCAAGCAAAGCAGAUUUUUGAAAAACUAAAAAAAGAAGCUGGGGAGGCGGCUGAAAAUGAAGUGUUUAAAGCUAGUAACGGCUGGUUCAGCCGAUUUAAGAGUCGUUGUAAUUGGCAUAGCAUCGCAGAGAGUGGAGAAGCGGCAAGCGCUGAUAAAGAAACUGCAUCUCUCUAUCCAGAAAAACUCAAAACAAUGAUAGAUGAAGGUGGCUACACUAGUCAAACUAUUUUCAACGUAGAUGAAACAGGUCUUUUUUGGAAGAAAAUGCCUAAAAGAACUUUUAUUGCGCGUGAAGAGAAAACUUUUCCAGGUUUUAAAGCCGCCAAGGAUCGAUUAACAGUGAUGGUUGGUGCGAAUGCAGCUGGAGAUUGUAAAUUAAAACCUCUCUUAGUUUAUCGCUCAGAAAAUCCAAGAGCCUCAAAAAAUAAAUCUAAAGCUGGUUUGCCUGUCAUUUGGUAG